ACAGUUAAUAUCUCCCCCGACGUGUAACGCCGUUAAAACGAUUCUUUUCCAGAGUAUCCGCUUCUCUGUUCCGCUUUUACAUCUCUCGUCGUCGUCAUCUCCACCGUCCGUUAUAGUUUAAUGACGACGAUUAAGAAGCAAGAAAUUGGAGGCAAAGAUGAACGCCUAAGAUCCGUUGAUCAAAGCAUCAUCAACGGCAUCAGAAACGUGGAAACUUCUAAACCUUUAAAGGCAAAUCCCACGGCGAGCCUCGAGCCCAAGGCGGAACCGUCGUUAGAGGCGGCGACUCCGUCGAUUUCAAUGUCUUUAGCUCCACCAUCGACGAUGGGACCGCCAUUGAAGAGAGCGUCAACUAAAGACCGUCACACCAAAGUUGAAGGAAGAGGGAGGAGAAUACGGAUGCCUGCCACGUGUGCGGCUAGGAUUUUUCAGUUGACUCGGGAGCUAGGACACAAAUCCGACGGCGAGACGAUUCGGUGGUUAUUGGAGAACGCCGAGCCGGCGAUUAUCGCGGCAACGGGUACGGGAACGGUUCCAGCCAUCGCUAUGUCGGUAAACGGAACCCUAAAAAUCCCAACCACCACGAACACUGAUUCCGAUUUGGGGGAGAAUCCGGCGAAGAAGAGACGCAAACGACCUUCUAACAGUGAGUAUAUAGACAUAAACGACGCAGUUUCGGUUUGUUCCGGUUUAGCUCCAAUUUCCACGGCAACAAUCCAGCCUCUGCAAGCUCCGGCAUCCACCGUGGCUCAACAAACUCUGCCGCAAGGGAUGAUCCCGAUGUGGGCGAUUCCUUCGAACGCAGUGAUUCCGGCGGUAGGAGCUUUCUUCUUCGUUCCACAGGUCGCUGGUCCGUCGAAUCAGCCGCAGAUGCUUGCUUUUCCAGCUGCCGCUUCGCCGUCGUCUUAUGUCGCCGCCGUUCAACAGGCUUCCUCGAUGGCUAGACCCCCACCUGUUCAUGUUGUUCCCAGCAACGGAGUGAUAACCGGUUCGAAGCCAUCGAAUACGACGUCGAUUAUGGCUCCGAGCUCGAGCUCCGACAUAAGAAUCGGAGGUUCGUCGUCAACGACGCAUAUGCUUAGAGACUUCUCGCUAGAGAUUUACGAUAAACAAGAGCUUCACCAGUUCAUGACCACCACGACACGGUCAUCGAACCACUGAACGGCGUGCGUAUCACCGGAGGAGGAAACGGUCACGUGGGCACGUGAGGAAGGGAGUAAAGACGCGCACGUGUUAAGUGGGCCUAGUUUUUAGGCAGAUGUGGGGUCCAUUUCGCUGGUGGGUCAACACGCACCCAAAAAAAACGAAAAAACAAAGAAAAGCAGAGAGAGGCUCUGGCGAGUGGGAGAAAGAGGGAGGGGCCACACAGUCCCCCCACCUUACGCAUAGCUUCCGAGGCGGCCAGGUUGGGUGUGGUCCCCAUUUCGGUAGGGUUACUGUGGUCCGUGCCUGUGGGACCCUAUUUAAGCAUAACUUCGAAACGUUUCGUUUUAUUUGGUGGGCCUCACCACUUUGUCUUCAGUUUUUGGACUUUGGUUUUUGGUUUGUAAAAGUAUACCAAAAUUUGCCACAAUAAGAUUUACUGAAGCCCUCUUAUAAUUAAAAAAA